AUGAAGGCUCGUAUGGGCAGCAUGGGGGGUCGCGAUGACUCCAAGUCCAACGAUAGGUCGUCGCAGUCCAUCAUGAGGCAGGGUCAGGGCACGGCGUCGCGGUUGUCCGUGAUGCAAGCGUCCGCCGAAGUCAAGGGCGUACAGGGAUUCGACUCGCCGCCCGUGAGCCCAAUGCGCGGCGGGUUCAAGCGACAGGCGGAGUCCAAGCACCCCUUAGGCGACGCCGACGGAUUUCCACUGGCGCCCAUCGACGAUGCCGUGAACAUCAUGCGGGAAACGGCCGGUCUGACGCGCGGAAACUCGGAGCUUCCCAGGGAGCUGGGCGAUCCGUCCGACGCGGACCUCGCGGAUUACUUCCCAAACGAGGAGCACACCAAGGGCGGGAACCCCUUCAUGGGCUCAUCCUCGUUCGAUUAUCGCCACGCGCGGUCCCCGCGAGGAGCAGGCGACGACGAAGCGACGACCCCCGCGCCGACCCGGAUGCGCGCCAAGGGAGACGUCGGUCAGACGAACACGCCGAUGAGGGAAACCCCCGAGCAGUUUGCGGGAGGAUUCGUGCACGGCGGCGCGCACAGACCGACGAGCCAACGGGACCUACGCGUCGACGAGGACUACGCGGAUCAGCGGGGCCCCGACGAGUGGGCGGGAUUGCGCGCGAGCACCCACGCCCACGCGGCGUCGUCCGUUACUAAACCGUUACGCUCGAACUCGAUCGAUCCCCGCGAUGUUUUCCAUCCGGUGCCCGAGUCGACUCGUAAAUCGCCAAAGGGCGAUCGAUACGUCUCCGGCGCGACGACCAACACGGCGAUGGACGCGGCGACCCAGCUCAAGCCCUUCUCGCUGAUGACGGGUGACGCCGUGGACAGGCCGUCGUGGGCGACGCAGGUGAGGGAUAACGAUAACCUGGACGCCAGGGACGCGGCGGCGCUGGGGCUGGAGAGCCGGACGCCCUACCUGUUCAACCCGCGCGGUGAUUUCAUGUUCAGGUGGGACGUGUUCGUGGGGGUGUGUCUGCUGUACACCGCGGUGUGGACGCCGUACGAGAUCGCGUUUCACCAGGACUGGGACUCGGACGACUCGGUCGGCGUGAACUGGUCCGACGUGCUGAGCGAUCCGCUGUUUUGGGUCAACAGGGUUGUGGACGCGGCGUUUAUUGCGGACAUCGCAGUGACGUUUUUCCUGCCGUACUACACCCCGGACAACAAGCUCGUGGCGGACCAUCGGAAGAUCGUUUGGACGUACCUGUACGGCUGGUUCCCCAUCGAUUUCUUCGCCGUCGUGCCCUACGAUCUCAUAGCCUACGCCGUCGAGACGGAGGAGGCGGCGAGGUUGAAAUUUCUGAGGCUGGUGCGGCUUCUCCGACUGGCGAAACUGCUUCGGAUCGUGCGCGUGGGCCGGGUGUUCCGGCGGUUCGAGGCGAACCGGGAGAUCAACUACGCCGCGCUCUCGCUGCACAAGUUCUCCCUCGGUAUCCUCUUCCUGGCGCACUGGAUGGCGUGUUUGUUUUACCUCGUCGCCAUGUCCGAGGACCGAAGGGUCAACUGGACGACGGAGUACUUCAACGUGUACGAGAAGAACGUGGAGCCCGACGGCACGAUACGUCCCGUGGACAAGGGCUCGCUGUACAUAGCGUCGGUGUACUGGGCGGUGGCGACGCUCAGCACCCUGGGUUACGGCGACGUCGUCCCCGAGACCAACGCCGAGCGAAUCUAUUCGGUGGCGGCGACGUUCAUGGGGGGAGCCGUGUACGCGUACCUGCUGGGCAGCGUCUGCUCCGUCAUCACCAACGUGGACGAGUCCAGCAACAUGUUCUACCGGCAGAUGGACGAGCUGAACAGGUUCAUGCGGGAAAAAGGGUUGACCCAGGACCUGCGGAUAAAGCUGAGGGAUUACUUUCGGUUCCGUCGCAACUCGCGCGCGAUGGUGGAGUGGUCCAACGUGAUGCACCUGAUGUCGGACUCGCUCAGGCUGGACGUCGCGGAGGAGGUGUUCGGGCGGUGGGUGCACGCCAUGCCCAUCUUCAGGGACUGCCCGAAGCGGUUACCCGGGCUGCUCUCGGCGCACCUGUCGAGCCUGGUGCUGUCGCCGCACGAGGACCUCAUGGCCAACCCGAUGAAGCGAGACUGCCUGUUCAUAGUGGAGAAGGGCCUCGUGGCGCACCGGGGAGUGAUACAGGAGACGGGCGCCUUGCUCGGGGUGGAGAGGAUAUACAAGACCACCGCGGUGGGCCUCGCCAACGCGUGCGCACCCGCGAUAACGCUUUCGCACUGCGUCGUCCUGUGCCUCGAGCGCGACUCGCUCCUUCAGGUUGUCAACGAGUUCCCGAGGGUGGCUCGAAACAUGAGGCGGAUGGUGGUCAGGAUCAUAUUCAGGGAGGCGAUCAUCCACUACGCCAGGGCGGUGCGAAGCAGCGUGAGCACUGAGGGCGGGGUCACGGCGAUGAACCGCCUCCUCGGGGUUCACGGCGCCGGGCUCGCGUCGCUGGCGGAGUCUCACAGGCUCAAGCUCCUUCGCAGGGAGAACCCCGAAUACUUCAAGAGGCUGUGGCGGGGCGCUCUGGUGGCGCAGAAGCUGUUCCGCGGCCGCAGGACCAGGCAGCUCGUUCGAACCAUCACGCUCAAGCAGCAGACGUCCACUCCGGGCGCGCGGGACCUCGUGGAUCUCCUCGUCAACAUCAACAUGCAUCGCCACAUAAGUUCGCUCACGGCGCUGAAGAUUGAGCGCCGGCACCUGACGGUGAUGUCGGCGCUGGAACUGUGCCAGGUGACCCGAAUGCCCUUCAGGGACGCCGCGGACGUCAUCCUCGCGGCGAGAACCGGGCGGACGUUUCUGACCCCGAGGAACUCGAUGACGGCCGGGGGCGAGUUUCACGAGAGCGACAUCGGGUUCUACCCCGGGCGGGUAGCCGAGUCCGUGGAGUCGCGGCUGGCGACGCUGGAGCGAAAGCUGGACUCCAUCAAGGGCGGGGUGGCGGUCGACUCGGACGACGCUCCCACGCCGCCGCCUCCGCCGGUCGAGAAGCGUAAGAUGUUCGCGUUCACGCCGCCGCCGCCGUCCCCGUUGCCGCACAGGCCGUGGGCGUCCGAGGUGCCGCCCACCCCGGGCGCGGGCGGCUCCGGCCCGGCGGCUGACCCGGCGGAGGAGAGGCGGCUGGAGGACAUCUCGCUCAUGCCGUCGUCCGCGUCGGUGUUCGCGGCGAGGGCGCUGCGAGGGGAGAAGCAGGACGUGGGGAUGCUGGUGAUCGAGGCGGCGGCCAAGUUCAAGGAGGGAGGAGCGCGGUACAGGGCUCGAAGCGCGCAGAACACGCCGCAUAAGUGA